AUGAAUGGUCAAGCCUCUCCAGUUUCGGAACUCAUUGCGGAAAUCAUCACCGGAGUGAGGGAUAUCCGCUACACCCAGCUCGUCUCGUUCGUAUGUAUCGAGCGCGAAGUCGAGCUCAUCUGGAAGAAGCGGUGGUCCGUCAUCAAAUUUGCCUUUCUCUGGCAUCGGUACUUUGGGCUAUUGUGUGUGAUUCUGCAAGUAUACGGUCAGCAGCCCAUGGAGCCACUGCUGCAGGUCGCCUGCUCUUUCUGGUUCUACUGGGAAACCUGGGGCUAUUGCGCGGUGCUGUUCACUUCGGAAGCUGUGUUGCUACUAUGGAUAUACGUUGUGUACAACAAGAACCGCUGGGUUUUGGCCGUCAUGGGGGCAUGCUAUGUCGCGGAAGUCGCUAGCGUGCUUACUAUCCUCGCGAUCUCCUUCGAGAACUUUGAAGCUAGCGCAUUGCAUUUCCUCGGCGUUGAGUACUGCGUUAUGGGCGACUUCCCGACAACCUUCCGACUGCUAUGGGUGCCUAUUCUGGCCUACGACACACUCCUGCUGCUCCUCUUUCUCUACAGAGGUUGUCGGUCCACGUUGGGCUGCAACCGAAAACACUCAUACAGCCACGACAGCCUACUUGACAUGGUUUACCGCCACUCAUUACUCAAUUUCCUUGCCAUCUUCGGAACCUACUUAGCCUGUGCAGCCAUCUGGCUCACCAGCCCCCUCGGCCUGUACCAGAUCCCCGUCGGCUUCGCGCUCGCGCUCAGCAUCACGAACUGCACGCGCCUGUUGCUCAACAUCCGGCGCGCGUACUACUCCGGCGCAGGCGACCCGCUCCUCUUCAACAUCCGCGACAUCCCCAACACAGGCGCGAACACCCCGAACAUGCUCGACGCGCCGCCCUCCUCCACGUCCCUCAUACCCCUCACGCCCCCGCCGAUACCCAUGUCCCCGCUCUCCGCGACCUCAGGCUUGUCUGGAGAGACCCUGCGCGAGCGGAGCGUCACCCCGAUCAACACCCUCCGGCUUCCGGCGCCUCACAAGCGCGCGAGUGCGCAUGCGCAUGCGCUGAGGAUAUCGAUCGCGACGACGUCGUCGGAUAUGAUCCAGGUCGCACCGCGGUAUGCUCACGAGUAUGAGCGCGCGGAGGAGGCGGAGGGGGAGCAGGGGCGCGAGGUGCCGCGCGCGGUGUACGUUACCCCGAACCUCGACUCUGAGUGGUGGCAGUAUGAGCUGCGGGAGAUGCGCGCGGACCCGGAGAUCGCGUCGGGCGAGGCUCUUUGA